UCUCAACUCUCAAGGGGCCAUCUUUGUAGGCCUGGUAGCUAGUGUAAUGAGAGGUCAGAUAUCUUGAGAAUGAAGGCACAGACCAUUUUGAAGACAAGAAUGGUUAAUAUCAUUGGACCAACAAACCUAUUAGUAUUUCAAAAGAGAAAAUCACUGACUUUGGAACACAUAAACCUCCCAGGAUCACAACCCGAACUUUCUAAACAAAAUCUUGAUGUUUUCUCUUUAAAAAACCUUCCAACGCCACUAUCAGAUUGGUCAUAUCACAUAAGGAACUAUGUAUCCCAAAAGAAGUAUGAAGAAGCCAUUUUGCUCUAUGCCCGAAACCGCUUUACAAGAAACUUAGUAUUAGGUGCCGUACCCCUUGUGCUAAAGGCUUGUGCCUCACUCUCUAAUACUGUUCUUGGCAAUGCAUUACAUGGUGAUUGUAUAAAGUCUGGAGUGGAAUUGGAUGUAAUCGUGGGUACUGCAUUGGUUGACAUGUAUUGCAAAUGUGGCAACAUUGUGAGUUCGCGCCAGAUGUUUGAUGAUAUGCCUAAGAGAAACGCUAUCACAUGGAAUGCAAUGAUAGGUGGGUAUAUGAAGAACGGGGAUACAACAUCUGCAUCCAUUCUGUUUGAGACUAUGCCCGAGAGAACUUCCGUAACAUGGAACGAAAUGAUCCAUGGCUAUGGGAGAAACAGGGACAUAGCGAUGGCAAAGAUGUUUUUUGAUAAGGUACCAAAUGAGUUGAGAAAUGUGGUGACAUGGACUGUGAUGGUUGAUGGUUACGCUAGCAGUGGGGAGAUGGAUGCUGCAAGGGAAGUGUUUGAGGUGAUGCCGAGAAGGAACUUUUAUGUCUGGUCAUUGAUGAUAUCAGGGUAUUUCAAGGCGGGUGAAGUUAAGAGUGCUAAAGAUAUUUUUGAGAGGAUGACAUCAAAGAAUUUGGUGAUUUGGAAUUCACUGAUUUCUGGAUAUACACAAAAUGGGUUGUACAAGGAAGCUUUAGGAACAUUUAAAAGGAUGCAAGAUGAAGGGUUCGAGCCAGAUGAGGUUACAGUAGUCAGUGCUUUAUCAGCUUCUGCUCAGCUGGCUUUACUGGAUGUUGGCAAAGAAAUACACGAGAUGAUAAUUCAAAAAGGUGUUAAUGUGAACUGUUUUGUGCUGAAUGGGUUGAUUGACAUGUAUGCCAAGUGUGGUGAUUUAAGGAAUGCCAGAUUGAUCUUUGAAGGAAUGCUACAUAAAAAUGACACUGCUUGGAAUUCUAUGAUAUGUGCCUUGGCCGUUCAUGGAGAACAUAAGGAGGCUAUCGAUUUUUUCUCAAGAAUGGUGAACUCUUCUGGUGUGAUUCCUAACGAGAUUACAUUCCUCUCAGUGCUGUCUGCGUGUGCACACGGUGGGUGUGUACAUGAGGGUAUGGCAAUUUUCAAUAUGAUGGAGAAGAAUUAUGGGUUAAUGGCAAACAUUAGGCACUAUGGUUGUUUGGUUGAUCUUUUAGGAAGAGCCGGGAAAUUAGAUGAAGCUCUUGAUUUGAUCAAACAGAUGCCUAUAAAUCCGAAUGACACAGUUUUUGGAUCUCUGCUUGGAGCAUGCCGAAUUCACUGCAACAUGGAUAUAGCAGAACGUGUGCUUGAGGAGGUUGAGAAGCUGAACUCUAGCAGUCGCUCUUGUGAUGGUGGUCAUUAUGUGUUGCUGUCCAACAUUUAUGCUGCCUCUGAUCGGUGGGAGAAAGCUGAGCAUACAAGGUUGUCUCUAUCCAAUAAAGGGUCCGAAAAGAUUCCUGGGUGCAGUUCCGUCAUGCUUAAAAUCCCUAACUAGAGUAUAUAAUUUGAGUUUUAUCACUUUUCUGGCUUCUAAAAUUCUUCUCUCAGGUGAUGGUAGACUGGGACGUAGCCAUGACUAUAUGUGCAUGCGUCGGAACUUAUUUUAGUACAGUGUUACCUUUCUACAUUUGGACCAGCUAACAAUUUGGUUCCAACUUAACUUUCAACAAUGGGACACAAAGUUCAACUCAAAUGCUUUCCACACAUACUACACCGUAGAACAUCUCAUGACUUAUCCUUUCCUCUAGUCUCCUUCAUAUUCGUCAAGCUAUUCACCGAUCUUCAAUAACCUUUCAUAUCCUCCUAUGAGAAGAGCACUCAUCCUCCUAUAUCCAGCAGGAUGGAAAAUCAAGAAGAUGGACCAGAGCAUUAGUGUAGUGAAAAUAUCUUGCACAUCUUCUCAAGAAGUCCACUUAACACGGCAUCAAGAAGUCCAUGGACCAGGGUUGCAGAGCUUGAAGAACCAGCAUCUUUGGGCAACAAAUUGCUAGAGGGCUUUCAGCUAGGACUUGAAUAUGUUCUAAGAUCUCUGACUGAAGAAAUUGACAUGGUAGAAUGCAUAUCAUCAUUACCCCAGUGCCGCAAAGGCUCCCCCAUCUACGAUGGGGUAAGGGGGGCUCGGAUGUACGCAGUUUUACCCCUGUACUAAAGCACCGAGAGACUGUUUCCGGAUGACCCAUAGUGAAAUUCGCGUAGAGAAUUGCAUACACUGACUACUCCUCCAUAAUAAAGAAGCGCAGACAGUUUAGUGAGCCUUUUUGCUUUAUUCCUUCAUAUUCUCAAGCCAAAAAAUAGUGAGUCUUUGGCUCCAUUGAAAAUGAUGGAAAUACAUGGUAGAAUGCAUAUUUGAAUAAAAUAAUGAAACCAAGAGGAUGCGAUCCGGAUAUCGAAGUUUGAUUCAAGGAUACCAAUGACAGUAUUCAGAGUUAAAACAAGUGAGUGCAUGUGUGCCACCGUGGACUUCAGAAUCAUAAGUCAAAAGGGGUAUCAACUUUACAUAAAGGGGUAUCAACUUUACAUACAGAAACCUGAGGUCAAGCCCACUAAGGCCGAGCUUGAAUCCGGUUCUCAGAUCAUCGAGAUAAAUUCGAAAUUGCGGUCGAGGCUGAGCUCGCUACUCAAGCCGAGGUUAGGGUCAAUUCCGGUAUGGGAACUUAAUCCGAGCAUUCGAAUAUGAGUUAGGCAUCUCUAUACCCAGGCCAGCUCAGAGACAUACUCCCUCCGUCCCAAUUUGUAAGAUACUUUACGGUUUACGAUGUUUGACCGAUGAUAAAGCGAAUUGAUCCCUGUCAACACUCAAAUUAGUUUUAGAUAAUAAAAUUUACAUAUUCGGAAACUACAUUAAAACCGCUACAAAACCUGCAAAAAAUAAUUCAAAUUUCAUAAACUUUUGAUAUAUAAACUAAAAGAUUAAGAGUGGUUUAUGUUGACCAAGUGAAUAGUAAAUGUAUCUUACAAUUUGGGACUGAGGGAGUAUAAAUUUGUGGACUUGGUCAUUUUAGCACUAACAUUCUUAGUGAAGUAAAGGUAUAAAGGCAACAUCAGCGGGGAAUAACCAACUCUAGGGUUGAUGUCAUUCGUAUUUGUACCGCAAUCAGCUGUCGACAUACACGUGUGGCGUAUCAAGCUAUUCUAUUAGCAAAGGAUAAUUACGCAACAAUCAGUGUCAAUCAAUAAAUCAGAUAUUCUCUAUAUGUGGCAUUCUCUUAUUAGAUCAAUUAGUUUUACUUGUUCCCCAAGUUUUUCAUAUUUCAAUAUAAAUUAAAUAUCACCUUUCAAUUUGUAAAAAAGGAUCAACCCAAUAUUCA